AUGUCUAUCAAGGAGAAAUAUAAAGGUAUUGGAUGCCUAUUGGAGCUCUUCCACAACGCCCUCCACCCCUUGGAGUUAGCCACGAGGAACCAUGCGAAGUUGGUUUGCGAAGUGGCAAAGUCACCAGAGCAUCUAGCUGGACAGGUUCGGGCGUUUGAGGAAGGUUUGACAUCAUUUGACUCGAGUGUCUGCAUGCAGUGUUGUGCGAUUAUUGACAAUGUAUGUGCGGUCUUCUAUGACAUUGCCCACACUGGAGUGGGCUCGCCUGUUGGGGGAGGUAGCGAUGGGAAGGCUGGUCGAUUCAGGAUGGCUAUUUAG